AUGCGCGCAGGGUAUUGCAUAGUGGAAUCGCAUCCAGAAAUAUUUAUUCCGCUGUGCGUAAAGUAUAUGACACCGAGAAUAAUAGACGCGGAUAACAAAAAGAAUAAUUAUAAAAUAAUAAAUAUGUGCUUCUACUGUUUUGAGAAGUUUAACAAAUGUAUAUAUUGUCCUAACUGCAAAUAUGUGGUAUACUGUAGUGAAAUAUGUUUAGAGCGAGCGUGGAAAUUACACAGAGAAGAAUGUGAAAUAUUUAAAUCAAAUAUUUUUGAUAAAUAUUGUCCAUCUAUUACUAUGAGAUUAGUUAUCAACUGUUAUUUGAAUCAUUUUAAUUUUUAUGAUUAUUGUGGUAGUAUUAGUGAAUUAACAAAAGAAAAAUAUGAAAAUUUAAAAUACCCUGCUUAUAUAGUUGCAGUAGCAUUAAUGAGUAGGAAAAAAAAAAUAUUCAAUAAUUUUGAAGAUAAUGAGAGUAUACUUAAGAAUAUUAUUGAAAAGUUUGUAAAAAUAUCAAAGAAUACAUUACAAAUAAUUGAUAAUGAGUUAGAGCCAGCUGCUUUAGGUUUUUACAAAAAACCUGUUCCAUUUUUUAAUCAUUCUUGUUUAAGUAAUUGUGUAACAAUUUUUAAAAAUCAAAAAUUAUACAUAAAAACAUUAAUGGAUGUAUAUCCAGGAGAAGAAUUAACGAUUAGUUAUAUUGACAUAGCAUUUGAUAAAAAUACGAGAUUAUCAAUAUGUAUGGAUCAAUAUUUUUUUACAUGUUCAUGUAAAUUAUGUAAAGUUAAUAUUGCAUCCGAAUGUCACAAUAUAUUUAAUACUGAAUUUGUAUGUACAAGUUCAGAAAAUUGUAAAAAGUUUUUAAGUUAUAUGGAAAUCGUUUUAAUAUCAGAACUGGAAAGAAAACCUUGUUAUCUUAAUAAAAAUAAUUUUAAAACCUAUCCGAUUUUAAAAAAAGCAAAUGAAAAUACAUGGAAAUGUAUGUUGUGUAAAGGAGAAGUACAUGAAAAUAUUAUAAAAAGUUUAAUAGAAAAAGAAAAGGAAACUGUUAAAGAGACCAUAUAUUUAGAUACGUUAUUUAAUGAAAAAUAUUCCUAUGACAAUAAAAGUGUUUUACAGUCUUUAAAUAAAAUAAAAUCAAAAAUUGAUUAUUUGACCAAUUUUUAUCAUCAUGCAAGAUAUUCAUUACAAAAAAUGAGAGCAAAAAUCUUAUACAUAUCCAUACAACUACAAGAAUUUAAAUUAGCUUAUAAUAUUGCUAACCAGUAUGUUAAAUCUAUUGAAAUAUCGUAUGGGAAAUAUUCGCCCAUCUAUGGUUAUUAUAUUUUCUUAACAGGUAAGCUAGCUUUAUUUCUUGAUUUGAAAUCGGAAGGCCUUAGCCUCAUUCACAAGGCAAAAAAAAAUAUCAUAAAGACUUAUGGACCCGACUCCCCCAUUUACAAGGAUUUGGAGAAGUUCCUCUACACGAACAAGUAUUAG